AUGAAUACUCAACAAAUUUAAUAUCUCCAUAAACCACCCACUAGUCCACAAUAAUUUACAUCAAGAAUGUAUAAUUAUCAUUUUAACAAUGAAAUAGGACUAUUAUAGAUUAGAUUUCUCCUAUCCGAGAUAUUGUAUAACCUAAAACGACUCGUGCUAAUCAAAAUACAGCAAGAAAUAGUACUAAAGGUAUUCCCUAAUUGAUUACAACAAAAACAUAGCCUUCAGUCACAAGGGAAUCUUGUUAAAUUACAAGAGAAUCUAUUCAUAUCAAAUAACCAUCUUAAAUGCCUAUUGAUAAUAUUUCUAAAGCCAUAUACUAAUUAAGUUAAAUUAGAUAAAAAUAUGAUAAAUCACUUGAAUCAUAAAUUGAUGCAAUUAUAAUCAUGCUCAAGACUACAACUCUUGAUAAGGAAAACUGCAAUCCCAAUUAAGAGUUAAGAUAAUAAAUUAUUUCCCUUUAAUCAAGCAAUGAAAAAUUACAAAAUGAACUUUUACAUAAAAAAUACGAUAAAAAAACAAUCCAACAUUUAGAAUAAAUUAUUGCCAAUCUUGAAUCUUAAACUUAAUCUAUUAUUAAUUAAAGAGACAUUCUUAAAUCAGAAAAUGAAAAACUAUAACUCAAAUUAUUAAAUAGAGAAUAAAAUUUCUUAUAGUUGUAACAGGAAGUAUAAUAAUAAAGAAACUCAUGUUAACCUUAUGAAUUACUUUAUAAUUAAUAAAAAUAAAAAAUCUAAGAGUUGGAGGAAUUGAUAUAAUCAUUUAAAGAAAUUAAUAGUUCAGAAAAUGUAGUUAAAUAAUAAGAUUAUUAUGAUCUCAAAUGGAAAUUUGAAUAAUCAAGUAUUCUUAUAUUUUUUAUUAGUUAUUGCUUAUUAAAGAAAGGAUAAGGAUUUAUAAUCUAAAGUUGAAGAACUAAAAAGAUUAAAAAAUUAAGUUGAAUAAUUAUUAAAAAGAAAUUAAAGUCUUGAAAUUAAGUUACUUGAAAUCAUGGAAACAGAAGUUAAAUAAAGAAUAAUAUUAUGA